UUUAAAAGUUCAUAUAAAAAAACCAGAUCCCAAAAAUUCUCCAACCCCAAAUGCAAAAACCAAAAUUUCCCAACCCCAAGAACAAAUUGUCGACCCCAUCCACAUCCAUGACGACAGUUAGCAAAGGUAGGAGAAGCCAUAUAAGUUUAGUCGCAGGGGUGGGGGAGAGAUGGACAGUCGCGAGAUUAAGGUAAAUAAUGCUGCACCGAGACAAAGAAGACGCGGGCCGGCGGAGCAUGACAAUAAUGCCAACCGAACAACAGAUUAUCCAUGAAAAGAUACGAAUCGAGACUCUGUCGGGACAACCGAACAGGGGCAUAGUAUUAGUUAAUCUUGUUGUAUGACAAAAGAAUUAAAUUUCAGGAUCAAAAUGAGUGUAUUAGCUGACAAGUACAGCGGUGAUGACUUGAGCAACAUAGGCUAUGAAGAGCUGCUUGAGCUGGAGCAGCAGCUCGAUCUCUUGCGGAUUAAAGUUGAAGCUCGAAAAGCUGAGCUUCUCAUGAAGAUAGAGAAUCAAGAAGAAACGGGCGGUUUACGCUUCAGGAUGCUUUGGAGUACCGCCGAUGGUAAUGUGUACUAUCAUAGUUUCGACGAGUUGGGUCUGAAGGAUUGUAAUGAUCGAGAUCUUGUAUUAUCCGGAUUUAAAAGAAAUCCGGAAGCCUUUCCGACUGAUGUUGGAUUUUUCUGUGUGGGUGAUUCCUUGUUCAUGGACGAAAAAUCUGGAACCAACAAAUGGAUUGUGGUCUGCACUGCCACCACCUGAUGGUUCUUUUAGUGAGUCUUGGACUCUUUGCCCUACUACUAUGAAAGUAAAGCGAUCCGUCCCCAUUCUUGUCCCGUUGCAUGAUGGCAGGAGCGGAGGCACUAAUGAACGAGAAGGUUGGGCUGAGAUCUACAACCGGCGAGUUUGAGGGUACGAACUUUCCUUACAUGGAAUAUCCUCUUGCCAUCAUAGUGGAGGAUGACAGGAUAUUCACCCACGGGAGCAUUUGUGCAAAUGAAGGUUGGGGUGAGAUCUACAACUCGGAUAGGGGCAAGUUCGAUUGUCCCGAUCCAGUCUCUUGCUUUCAGUGGACCGACCAAGUUGUUAUGCUAUACUAUCACCACUUGCUUUACACCAAAAGGAAAUAUCACAAACCAUGUCAACCAUCUCUCCUCUCUUACAACAUUGCUGAACAACAAUGGGAAAUUUUUGCGGACAACCUCCCUCCACCAUUAUAUGAUUCUGGAACGAGGAACCUGGUUUAUGUGGGGGGCGACAUUCUAUUCAUUAUCGACUAUGCAUCUACCUGGUUCGUCUAUGAUCUGUCCCCCAGAAAGGAGGCAGGGGAAGUGUUCGUGAAGGGGAAGCUUAGGGGUAAGCGUGUGCCAGUGAAGGGAGCUUUCUAUCCCGGCAACAAAGAUAUUAAAAGUACUAGUUGGGUCAUCUGCAUAUUCAUGCCCACGCUCAAUAAAUACUGUGAUCUUGGAUACGCCAAGGUCGAAGUUGUCCAAGGUUGGGGCGGGGAUUACUUUGCUACAUUUCAAAUGAUGGGUGUCCUGAGAGUCGGUCCCUUUUAUGAGAUUUAUAUAUUUGCCGACAAGGACAAGAAAGGGAAAGGGAAAGGGAAAGAGAAAGAGAAGGUAGAUGGAAGAUUAUGUUGAAUGAGCUUUAUGCCUUUUGCUCAUUCAUCGCAUUCCAUUUUCCCUUUUAUAGUUUGAUAGUUUCAUAAUCUUAGUGAUUUAGGUUGAAGGCAAAGAAUUUGGAGCAUGUUCUUGAAUUAAGUUUGGUGAAAUUGAAAAUCUUGUUCCUUUU